AUGCUUGUGAAUGCUCUGGCACAACAGCAGGGCCUCUCCACUGGUUCUGGCAAGAAUCUACGCCCUCGCAGCGUAUGCAGCGAGAAGCCGCGUUCUCCUGAAGGCACCAACCCACGAAGUCCUGGUCAACCAAAUUACAAGCAUCUACCCCCAAAGCCGGUAUUAUUGAGGGCUUGCGACACUUUCUUCUUGCGUUGUCAUAAUCAGCCAUAUGCAUUUUUUCAUGAAGCCAAAUUUCGUCAGAAGCUUGAGGAUGACACUUGGCCGGACUUCCUGCUUUUUGCCUUUUUGGCCGCUGCCAUGCGAUACUCUAGUGACCCUUACUUUCACGGCAAGCAUGCUGAGGCACGAGAUGGAUACGCUAUGAGGUCGUGGGAACUGAUCGUCACGGCUGGUUAUGCUCUAGACGAAGCGGCGGACACAGCGAUUGUUCAAGCGCUCGCCCUGGUGUCGGUGAUUGAUUCAGCUGCUGGACGCAGACGUGCCGCAUGGGUCAAGACUGGCCUUGCCGUACGGAUCAGUCAAGAUCUUCAUCUCAUGCGAGAACCCGACCCUGCACUUCCCAUCGUGGACCAAGAGGAACGGCGCCGAUUGUUCUGGUCCGUCUAUCUGCUCGACCGCUUUGUUGCUUGCUCCAGACAGCGACCUUCAGUUAUACUUGACGCCGACUGCCAGGUACAAUUACCGUGUGAUGAAACCCACUUUCGUCAGAUGAUUCCACAGAAGACGGAUUUUCUCAACAAUGUGGGCGCUCUCAAUGAGCAAUCAACCUACCGACCCGGGCAAUUCGCCCUCGUGGUCCUCAUGGCACGUACGUUAGGUCGUUGUGCUCGGUAUAUGCUCGAUACGCCAGAGACGAGUCACGAGGCCCCGCCUUGGAAUCCCCAGUCCGAGCAUGUGGCCAUAAGCUCUAGCUUACUGUUCUUCGAGUCUUGUCUGGAUACUGGCGCCCCAUUUAACGGGCUAAUUCGCCAGCACAGCCUCAAGGACGAUGGGAGCACCGAUCCUCAAGUGGCAGGGCACAUGAUCUUCUCCCGCAUGAUCUUUCAUCUCUGCCACUGCCUCCUCGCUCAUCCCUUCACCCUUCGCAUGCGCAGUGAUGCCACUGCAGCCAAAACACCGACGACAUGGUUUGCGCGGACGUUGAAGCUAGGCCUCGAACACGCCGGUCAUCUGACAAUGGUAUUUGGAGCGGCAAAAGACGUCGGAUUUCAAGCUUCAACUUCCUUUUACGGCUACUGUCUUCUAGUGGCGGGCAGCAUUCAUGCCCUGUACACCAACGCCGACAAUGUCGAGCUUUCACAGAACUCGAUGAACUUUCUCAAUUCCACUCUCGCCUAUCUGGAUGAUAUCGGCAAAUACUGGAACAACACGAGACUCAUGGCAUCGGGUCUCCGGACUUUCUGGUCCAUCAGUUCCAGAUACGCAAGGUUACUCGCACCAGAACCCCUGUCUACACCACUCGAUACUUCGGAUCUACGAAAUUUAUGGUCCGUGUUGGACUAUGGAGUCAUGUCCGACCCAGAGAAGACCCUUUCGAGAGCUAUCAAUGAUCCUUCAGCGCGCUCGCACUGGGAAACUUCCCCAGCGGGGGCAGCGUCUCAAGCCGAUUCCACCGUGACCAGAGGCACUUCACGUGGACCCCAAGCAUCCAUCGACCACAUCUCUCCGGCCAGAGAUACGGUCUUGUCUUCGGAUAUGCACCUGCCACUGCCUCCGUUCUUCUCCUUCUUUAAUGAGACGCAACAUGGUGGAGAUUUCAUGGCUGAAGAGGAUAACACUUUUAUGACGCUGGGCAAUGGUGCAUUUACGGGACCCCAGCCGUCUUUGUCAACUAUUCAUUGA